AUGGAGAUGUUGGACAAGGUGAACAUUAACCCACUCCCUCCGUUCGAUGCUGGGAUGGGAGGAGAUGAGGACGACGGCGGGGACGAAGGGGAAGAAGGGGAAUCAGAUGAAGGGGAUGAGGGUGUGGUCGAGGUGGAGGCCGAUGGAAAUAGGAAGAAGAGGCAGGCCAACAACUACACGGAAAUUGAAGACGCCACCUUGUGCCGAGCUUGGGCCGCCGUGGGGAUGGAUGCAGUAUCCGGCACCGAUCAAACAGGGAAGUGCUACUAUCAACGCAUCGAGGACAAGUUCCAUAAACUUAUGUCGCGCGUUCGCCACCCUGUCGAUCGCACGUACCGAUCCCUCCAAGAACGUUGCGAUGCGAUCAAACCGGCCUGCAGCCGGUGGGCAGCAGCAAUGGACCAACUGGUGUCCAAUGCUCCUAGCGGCGCAACUGUGGACGAAUAUAGACAUGGCAGCAGCAAGGGCAAGAGCUUCACCAUGCGUCAUUGCUUUGAUGUGCUUCAACACCUCCCCAAGUGGCAAUUGAGGGAUGAAGAAGUAGCACCGAAGAAAGCUUCAAUGGUUGCGCUCGACGACAUCGAGGAUGAGAAGGAGGGUCGGAACGCUGACAAGCCGAAGGGGAACAAGAAGGCCAAGGAGAGGCUCAAGCUCGAGGGUGAGGCUGCGUUUUUGAGGGACAAGUUUGAUCAAAUGAUGAAGUCCAAGGAGGUGAUAGUGUCCAAGACUUUGGAGACCAAGCUUGUCAUCAUCGAGAGGAAGAAGGUGAGCCUUGCCAAGCUUGAAGCCAACCGAGAGGAAGCAAGAAACAAGGCCAAGUUGGAGGAGAUGAGGAUCAAUGUGAAGAAAGCCAAAGCAAUGAAACAACUAUUGGCCGAAGAGAGGGAGAUCAUGAUGAUGAACACCAAGGACAUGAAUGAGCAACAACUAGAGUGGUGGAAGGAGGCCUCGGCGGAGAUCACGGCAAGACGAAGACUAGCUCAUGAAGAGGCAACUGGUGGUGGCUCAGUGACUCUGGAGGUGGUGGCGAUGAUGGUCACGAUGGGCCAACCUCGGUUUGAUGCCGGCGGUGAGAGGAGAUGGUGA